AUAAUGAACAAUCUUCAUUAUCGUUUCCCUCUCAAAAGCAGGAAAAUUCUCUCUCUAAAACCUCCAGCUUAGAGAGAGAGAUAGAGAGAAGACAACCGGGACGAAAGAGAAACAGGAAUGUGUCCGCUGAGAAUCAUUCUCAUCUUCCUCUCUGCAACUCUUGCCGGAUUCUUCGUGCUUCGCAACCUCAAAUCUCAGCCGGAUGCGGCUGAAAACGACGUCGUUGACAAUGACUCCCCGGUCAAAGCUCCUUCUGACACAUCCUCCUCGAAUUCCGUUCCUCUAUGCUCCAAGGUUUGCGGUAUGAUCGGGAAUGGAUUUUGGACCUGUGUGGACAUGGCGAGCGGAAAAUAUCUCUGGAGGCAUUUGGCCUCAUCUUCGAAUAUGAAGCGCACCGAGUGAUCUCCUUGGUAAAAGGGAUUGUUGAAAGCUUUUUUGUUGAUCAAAGGUGCAGUUAGCUCUGCAAUUUGGAUAAUUGUUGUAACUUCUCUCUUUCAUGAACUCCGCUUUGUGUCAACGAUUCUAUACGUCCGAUUAUAAUUUGUAGAGUUAAAUUUGCUUGGACAAAACUCAGGAUGAUUGCCAAUUUUAAAGUGAAAUGUUGUAACCCUGAAACACAAAAUGGUUCCUGUAUAGUUUUAUCAUUUUAAUUACUUAUGUUUUACUACGAUUAUUUGGUA